CUAAUUUGAUUGACCAUGUUUGCUAUUUCUUUAACUUCUACUAAUUGUUAGAUAUGUUUGUAUAGAUCAUUUAUGUUUUAUCGUUUUUAAUUGAUAAUAAAAAAAUGAAUACCAGUAGUUUUCUGUUCGCUAUUUCUCAAUUGUUUUGUUUUUAGUUUUUUCCCGUGGUAAUCGAAGCAGAUGUGUGUGCUCUUAAUUUGAAACUAACGGCUGUAUUUACCCGGUGUUGUCGUAUUUGUUAGUCGUUAACUUGACCCACAUUAACAGCGUUCAUAUGGCUUUAGGCUGGAUGUGGGAAAUAAGAAAUCUGCUGCGGAUAAGUAGCUAACGCUGGGCAGCUGUUGCCUGUGAGUGAGUACGCUGGUCCAACGAAGGCACGGAAAGUCUGGCUACAGGACAGCAGAACUCUCGGUGAAAUCCGAGAGUUCCUUGCGGAGGAAGUUUCUAACACUGGAGCGGAAAUUAUUGGUUUGUGGACGUGAUCUGACCACAAUGUCCUUGUCUAAAUAGCCGAAAAAGAAAUCGAGGAUGGCCGGGGACGUGGAUAACAGAGUCCCGGAGGAUGUGAACAAAAUCCCAGCCCGGAAUGAUCUUCAAAGUCCGGGCUCUGGCUCCUGGAUAUGGAAAGCCGUGUGGACCGUCGUGGUGAUCGGUGCUGUUCCGCUUCUCGCUUUUGGGAUCAAGUAUUAUCAAGAUGCCAGGCUCGUCAGGCGUCAUGAAGAGAGCGUUCGUGUUCUGGGCACAGAAGGACUCUUUCUCUUUGCCUCCUUAGACACAGACCACGAUCUGUAUCUGAGUCCCGAGGAGUUUAAACCUAUUGCUGAGAAACUCACAGGGAUCACAGCUCCUGUGGAUUUGGAGGAAGAAUUUAUCUCUGAUCCUAACGGGGAGACCCUGACGUUGGAGGCUACAAUGCAGCCCCUGCUCCUCGAUACAAUGACAAAAAGCAAGGAUGGUUUUCUGGGGGUCUCUCACAGCUCUCUGAGUGGUCUCCGAUCAUGGAAAGCCCCAGCUGUUUCCUCUUUACCCUUCAGUGCCAGCCAGUUCCGGGUGUUCUUGCCCCCAAAGAACAAGGUGGAAGUGGGAGACACGUGGUGGGUGAUUCCCAGUGAGCUGAACAUAUUCACAGGAUAUCUGCCCAACAAUCGAUACCAACCACCUGCCCCUAAAGGCAAAGAGGUUCUCAUCCACUCCCUGCUGAGUAUGUUUCAUCCUCGACCCUUCAUCAAAUCACGCUUUGCUCCCCAGGGCACGGUCGCCUGCAUUCGUGCCAGCAACGAUUAUUAUUAUGACAUAGUCUUCAGGAUUCACGCUGAGUUCCAGCUCAACGAGGUCCCAGACUUCCCGUUCUGGUUCACUCCCGGUCAGUUCACGGGGAACAUCGUCCUUUCUAAAGACGCCUCUCACGUCAGACACUUUCACCUCCACGUUCCUAAUGACAGGUCUCUGAACGUGGACAUGGAGUGGUUGUACGGGGCCAGCGAGAGCAGCAGCAUGGAGGUGGACAUCGGAUUCCUGCCCCAGUUAGAGCUGCAGUCGUCAGGACCGUCCACCCCGUCUGUCAUUGUGGACGAGGAGGGCAACGUCAUAGACAGCUGGGACGGCGGCAGCGAGCCCAUCCAGUUCAUCUUUGAAGACAUCCACUGGACGUCAGAGAUCAGUCGGGAAGAAGCUGCCAGACGUCUGGAGGUCACCUUCUAUCCCUUUAAGAAGGUUUCAUACCUGCCUUUUUCUGAGGCCUUCGAGCGAGCACACUCAGAGAAGAAGCUGGUGCAUUCCAUUCUGCUUUGGGGAGCCUUAGAUGACCAGUCCUGCUGAGGUUCGGGGCGAACUCUCCGGGAGACAGUCCUGGAAAGUUCGCCCGUUCUGGCCUUGCUCAACCAGAGUUUCAUUAGCAGCUGGUCUCUGGUCAAAGAACUGGAGAACCUAAAGGCUGACGAGCAGAACUCCGUUCUGAGUGAAAAGGCCCGUUUACAUUUGGAGAAGUACAAUUUCCCUGUGGAGAUGAUGCUGGCUCUGCCAAAUGGAACCAUCGUUCAUCACAUCAACGCCAACUUCUUCCUGGACCAAACGGCCAUGAAGCCAGAAGAGGAAGGAGCGACGUUCAGCUUCUCUGCAGGGUUUGAAGACCCGUCAACAGCCACUUACAUCAACUUCCUAAAGGAGGGUUUGGAAAAAGCUAAGGAGUACCUGGCACAGUAGAGCGUGUGUUUGUGUGUGUCUGUGUGUGUGAGACGGUGAGGAAAAUGACAUAAAGCCUCAGAGACUCAACUGGAGGAAAUGAUUAAAUUCCUCUGAGAAAUGAUUCAAGACGGGAAGAGAAAAACUGUCCAAGUGUUUUGUCCAGAAACAUCCAGAGUGGUGUUAACAGCUGCCUUCAGUCCUGUGUAUCAUCUGCUCUCCUGCUCUGAAAUUAUGUUUUAUACAAGUAUUUAUAACAUGACGGAGGGUGUUUACUGCAAACUGAGUGUAGGAUUACUUUAAUGGAACACAAAGGUCUUGCACUGAGCAGUAACCGGUGUGUAAAAAGACUUUUAAUCAGCUCUCACUGCUCGGAGCUACUGAUUAAUGCUGAUGUUAACGACGCCGAGUCAUUAUUCAGUCCGUUGGUGCCAAGACCUCCUGAAAACAAAUCCUUAUAAAGUUUAAUAAUCAUUUCUUUGUUUUCGAAUGUCGAGCGUGCAAUAUUUAACAGCUGAGUAGUUUUUUUUCUGCCACUGAACAGACCCCCAGACAGAGCGGGAGCUGUCCCUGCCUCCACUUGUGUUUUUGGCAGUUUGUGAUGACGUUGCCUGAAAGCCUCCUGGGCCGGGGAACGCCUGAUGUUUUGCCUUUACAGCUGGAGGGAGGUCAGCUCACUGUCUCCAGGGUCAAACGCAGCAGGAAAAAUGACGUUAUCUUUACUGUUGAAUCCAAAUGCAAACACUACGUGCGGAUAUUUCGUCACCAAAGAAUCCAAUAUAGUUUAUACAUGAGCAGUAGCCGGCUCGCAGCCUGGGCAGCUGUUGAGCCUAAAGUUAUUCACAAGGUCAAUUGCCCACUUGACUUCAUAUUUAUGUAACUCUGUGGAUCUAAGUGGAUUUUUGUUUUGUUUGGAAGGCACAUACUGAUGUGCAUUGUUACUGAUAUAACCUCAUGACUCUGGUUCAAAAACACAUUGUUUGGUAAUUGUGUGUUUGGCAAGAUGACAAUAUAUAUUCUUUUUGAAG